AUGGCAUCAAGACAGGGGGUGACUGAAAUACUGUUCUUGGGGAAGUUUUCAGGUGACAACAUCUUUGUGCAUGGAAUCGCAGCCACGCCAACUCCUCUGCUAAAGGGUCUCUGCGAGUAUGCAAAAGCGAAUGACCUGAAAGGAAUCAAGUUGCAUCACUUGCAUCUCGAAGGAGAAACACCGUGGACAGCUCCGGAUGUGAAAGAUCGUAUCCGUUCCAACUCUCUUUUCACUGGCGGUAAUCUACGGGAAGCAGUAAAUGAAGGUAUCGCCGACUUCAACUCAUGCUUUCUUCAUGAAGUUCCGAUGCUUUUUCGUAAGGGAGCCAUCAAAGUCAACGCCGCUAUAAUUCAUGUGUCUGAGCCAGAUGCCAACGGCUACUGCUCUUUAGGCACAUCUGUGGAUGUGUCGAGAGCAGGUGUAGCGAAUGCUGACCAUAUAAUAGCCAUGGUAAGCAAGAACAUGCCAAGAACGUUUGGAGAUGGUGUAAUCCACUCAUCACACAUUGACGUCCUUGUCGAAGAAUAUUCAUCGUUUCCAUUGCACGAACGGCAUUUUGGCAAGGACAACGAGGAGGAACAGAAGAUCGGACAGAUCAUCGCUGAGAACUUGGUUGACAACGGAUCAACGCUUCAAAUGGGUAUUGGAGCAGUACCUGACGCUGCUCUAGCUGCUAUGAAAAACCACAAAGAUCUCGGCAUUCACACGGAAAUGUUCUCUGAUGGUAUUGGAGCAGUACCUGACGCUGCUCUAGCUGCUAUGAAAAACCACAAAGAUCUCGGCAUUCACACGGAAAUGUUCUCUGAUGGUAUUUUAGACCUCAUUGCUUGUAAUGCCAUCACUAACAAGGAAAAGGUAGUCAUUUUUCUAUUUUUACGGCUUACUAGAAUGUUGGCCUGCUAA